CUUUGCCCUAAAAACUUAUCUCAUUGGGCAUUUCGCUCAAUUUCCCACCAAAUUCACACUCUGCUAUCUCACAAUCGUGCUUUGAACAGUAAUUCUUCGCAAUCUGAGAAGAAAAAAAUGCCGGUGAAGGUAGUAGACGCCACCGUCUCCGACUUCAAUGCUGUAUUUGAAAAAUUCCGAUCAGAACUGCCAAACUAUAAAGCUAAUUUGAUCCUCUUCUUGGCCGACAAAGACCCUUCCACUUCUCUCAGCUGGUGUCCUGAAAAAGAGAGCUUCAGUUCUGUCCUUCGAACCACAAAAAGCAUGGUCCAUUCAACGCUGUUUCGAGCUUCUACUUGCCUUCUAUUUCUUGCAGUGUUCUUCGCUUCAGCCUACUCUACUUCUGACCCUGAGGAGCUUCGUCUUGUUGUCUCCAAAUCCACGACUAUACAACUAUCUGGUGGCUUCCCUGUAAAAAGUUCUCCUGGUUCCAGGCCUGGAACUGUGGUGGUUUGUGAAAGAGUAUACAUCCAAGGAUUGCCGAGGUUUAAAAAUCUUAGGAAGGUUGCACACACAGUGAAAGUGAAGGUUUCAAUGAGAAAUUCAAGUUCUCGGAUACCAAAUGUUGAGGUUUGUUUUCACAGGAAUAUGUCACUUGGGAUGGGAAUGUGCCCUCAAAGUCAGUGGCAGAAAGUUGCCAAAGGUUCUUGGGUUCAAUCCAUGUCACCGUUUGACCACAAGCUUUUAGAUAUUAGAACAUCUGGGUUAUCCUUGGAAAGUUUUGAAGUAUCAAUUGAAGAAGAAUUCUUUCUAUAUCGCAUAAUCUUUUUAAUCUUGGGCAUGGUGUUGAUGAGUUCAGCUUCCAUACUGAGCAAGUCGUUGGUAUUCUAUUAUGGCAGUGCUAUGGCAAUUGGAAUUCUCCUUGUAGUGUUAAUGAUCCUUUUUCAGGGGAUGAAGCUUCUUCCUACUGGUCGGAAGAGCUCACUUGCAAUUUUUCUAUACGCAUCCGCUGUUGGUCUGGGAUCCUUUUUCCUCCGUUACAUACCUGGAUUAUUACAUCAAAUACUUUUGGAAAUGGGUAUAAGUGAGGACAUGUAUAAUCCUCUAGCAGCAUUUCUGCUUGCUUUUAUUUUUCUGAUUGGAGCUUGGUUGGGCUUUUGGGUAGUCCACAAAUUUGUCCUUGACAAAGAUGGAUCAAUUGAUACAAGUACAUCACUUUUCGUCACAUGGUCCAUUCGAAUUGUGGCUACUCUUCUUAUUCUUCAGUGUUCCUUGGAUCCCUUGCUGUCAACAGGAGUUUUAAUAUGUGGAAUAGUGGCUUCAUCAAUGCUGAGGAAGAUCUUUAAGUUCAGAUUUCUUCGUCGCCUAUAUAAGAAUUUAUUCAAAUCUCCAAAGAAAACACUGAAGAGGAGAUCUCAUAUUUCUGAUAUGCCACGUUUAGAAGAUCCUGACGAUGAAUGCAUGUUGAAGACUCCCCCGCUUUAUGAAGACCCCAGGUUCUAUAGCUCUCAAUACAGAAACUUCUCGCUUCAGUCCUGCAGUUCUUCUAAACGUGGUGAUGUAUAUCCUUCAACCUUCCAUUCCACACCUGAAAGGAGAAAAUUUUCAAAGGAAGAGUGGGAAAAGUUCACCAAGGACUCAACUAAAAAGGCUUUGGAAGGACUAGUUUCUUCACCAGAUUUCAGCAGGUGGCUUGUUGAUAGUGCAGAUAGAAUCAGCAUAACUCCUCAAAACAGUAGAGCUGAGAACCGUCGAAAGUGGCUCCGUUGGUUCUGAUUUGUUCUAGGUUGAUUACAAUGCUGUAAGAAAUAAAGAUUACAUGAGUAAAACAUGCGGUUGCCUGCAUAGUUAGCAUGACUUUUCUGGAAAAUAGUAGGAUCAGGAUGUGUUUAGACAAGUUGAUCACACCCACUUGUAUUUCCGUGUAUAUUAGAUCAUUGUUCAUCACCUAGGCUUAGGGUACUAAGAGACGUAUAGGUUGGUGUAGAUUUGCACGUAUUUAGCCAUUUAAUGGAAGAAGCAUGUCAGCACUUCAAAAAGUGGCAUUUACAAACUGUCGGAUGCCCUCGAGCCUAAGGAUCUUGUUUCACAGCAUUUAUGUGGUCAUUCUCUCCAUAUACUUUAUGCAAUAGCCUAUGUCCUUAAGUAUA